GCAUUGCGCAGGACAUGGAUGUUGACGUCGAAGCGCUAGAACAACUCUCUUUUGUCGUCAUGUUUGUGAAGACGAGUGAAUGGAAACGGUUGGCGAUUGUCUGUAAAUGGGUGAGUGGUAGGACGGGAUGCAAUGUUUCUUGGGAGGGCACUGCUUGUAUGCUACUCGAGUGGUUUGCUUCGCGCCAGAGGUUCAUCUGCCGUAAUCGAUGUCCGGGACUGGACUUGAGUUCAGCCGCCAAGCGAUGACGAAAGGCGCUGGCUCUUGUGAUCACUGCAUUGUCCUCAUGAUGUUCUUUGGCUGCACGAAGAAGGGCCGGAAGGGAUAGUUCGAAUCGAAAGGUCCGAUCGUGUAGUAGCGACGUAGACAUUGAGGCAUUUGUUGCGAUUGCACCGGGUCUGAUGACCUGCUCGACGCUAUCGUGCCGCACCGGUUCGCCUUGACGAAGAGAGAUAGAGAGCGAGUGAGUGGCGCAGUCGCCAAUUUGGCUUCGCGCGCCGACUCACUGCCGCCCGCCCAAGCCUUAAUCACUACCUUCACCUUCCA